AUGCAUCACCAGGCUCGAAACCGACAACCGCCGCCCUCCCAACCAACGCUUUCGGCUUUUCUUCGUGCUGUAGGCCUGGACGCUCUCAAUGUUUUGAAGAACAAACUUUCGGGCUACAACACCCGAUCAGAGCCUACGAAGCUUAUCCAUACAACGUCUCUACGCACAACCCUCCAGCGGUGUGCCGUGCAUUUGCUACCGUGCGCUUUCUCAAUAUUUCUCAUCUCAAUCAACCUCCAAGGCUAUUUCAUCGGAUUUGAACUAGCUGGUCAACCAGGAAGAACCUCACAAUAUAUUGCGUUACUCCAAAUUGCGGCAAAGGCACAGGAACUGCUCAUCGUUGCCAGCCUUGCAACUGUUGUUGUCCAUAGAAUCCGGCACGACCUGAUAGAUGGCGAAGGCGUACCUUUCGGACUCGUUGGGGCAGGCUCUCUAUUCAGCCAACUAAGCUACUUCUGGUCUACCGCCUUCAUCGGCUCGGUGUCUAGAGGGGCCAAACUUAACGCAACCCUCGUGGGGCUACUCCUGCUUGCAGGACUCGUCGCGGUCACAGCUGGUCCUGCAGUUGCCGUUCUACUCGUUCCGCGUGAACAGACAUGGUCUGCCGGCGGAACUAAGUACUGGAUUAACGGUACCACCAAGGAUUUAUGGCCUUCGCGUGUAGGACUUGAGCACUAUAUGCCUGAGACGGGAGCUGGUUUAUUCGGAGCUAGUUGCUCUUCUACAAAAGCCUACACGAAUGCUCUAUGUCCAGCUGGCGGCUACCUUUCGCUCAUGAACAGAUUUUCCUCGAGCGAUUACUCUCGACCAUGGUCAGGGACCAGGGAUUCUCGCUACACUCCAGUGGGACUACUGGUUUGGAGUCCAAUGGGUCAGAUGCCACCGUACAACAUGGCAUCCGCUCAACGAGCCAGGACGGCAUUGGAGUCUUCAGCCGUGGGUAUUCACGGCCCUGCUUCGUGGGUGGCAGCCACAAUCAACGAAGACUGGCAAGUUGCUGUCGAUUCUGCAACUGCCAGCAUGAACUCUCGGAUAUCUCGUUACAGAUACUACAGCACGAUGAGGUCUGUGAUGGACACUUGGGUCCCUGCGGUACGAGUCGUCUGCAGUGAUCGGCAAUCCUUUGCGCCCGGACAAAGGACUCUGCAGUUCCCUGUAGUACCAGAGUUUGGUGGAGCUGUCAGAAAUAAUCUGAUAUUCGACGACCAAAAUCCUGGUGAGCCGCGCGAACUACGCACCGUACAGCUCUCGGACGAAACAUUGAAGAAUCUCAACUAUACACAGCAUGCUAGGGUUUCUGCCAUAGACCUUUCGAAUGUAUCAUGGACGACUGCCACCACCGGCAUAAUAAUCGAGCACGCCUGGGAUGACAAAACCUCCCACAGUGUUUCCAGCUGUGUCGUGGAUGCAAGAUGGGCCAAGGGAGCCGUUUCUGUUGGACUCGCUCAGGCAGUGCAAACGGAGGUUUACUCUGUCACAAGGUCAGUCAAGAACUCGCUCGUGUCAUCGGGAUCGUACCGAGCGUUCGACAUGUUCAAUUCAAACUCUGGGCCUCGAGAUUCUUGGCGGCGUAUCAAUAUUACUGAUGAAUGGUUCAACUCCAUCAACUUACCUCUCUCUAACGACACCAACAUCCCCUACUCUUUGAAUACAGCGCGGCCCGCAGAUUCCAACGCCAGCACUGUCUCAGCGUCAGACAUGACCACAAUCUCAGCUCUGCUCGCAUUGACAGCAUCCAGCACAUCCUCAAGCCCUGCAAUCGAACACACUCUCGCCUCCAUUUUCGCCGACGCACUCUCCCGCGCAGGAACCUGGCGCAUGCUCAACAUCACCCUCCCGGUCAGCAACAAGACCCCCCACUUGACCAUCCACCACAUGCGCAUCCCCGACUUCCGGAACCAACUUCUGCACAGUGGCGAAGCAUACUCGGACCCAUCCCUCUCCUCUCCCACCUCCUUCACCCCCUUCGAGGUCUCGCAAAUAAUAACAGGCUACGCAUUCAAAACCUCGUCAACAACCGAUAUCCUUGCUCUUGCCGUCGUGAUCCUGCAUCUCGCCAUCGCGCUAGCCCACACAACAUUCCUGCUCCUCCGCCGCCGCAGCUCAGCCUGCUGGGACUCGGUCCCGGAGCUUCUCGCGCUGGCGCAGCAGUCGCGCAAGUCGGAGCUCGCGCUGCACAACACCGCAACAGGAAUCCAGUGCCUAGAUACCUUUCGACAGCGCACUCGAAUCCGGGUCUCAGAGGAGGAUAGCACGCGGGUGGAGGUUAGGUUCGAUACUGAUGUUGCGGCAGGGGUGCAUAAGCCAGGAAAGCCGCGGGAGACGGUUAUGUAUGGAUAG